AUGCGCCGUCAAGCCCCCAUCGCGACGCUCCUGUACAAUCACAUCUUCCCCGAGCCCAAGCAAGGCGACCCACAGAACUUCUCCACCCACCUCGCACGGAAUCUCGUCCCAGAGGUCCGCAUCGAAGUCAACCUCUACUAUGGCGACCUCAACAGCGCCGAGGCUCGAUAUCCGGGUCUCAACUACUGCCACCGAGCACAUCGUAUGCGUUUAGGACGCUUCCCGCACCACCGGAGACUCUUCGACGCCUUUGACGAGUUGAGGAUCACGGACAGCGAGAUCCAAGAAUUCUGCAAUUGGGAAGGUACCAAGUCGGCGCGGGAACGCUAUGAGAAGGAUGAGGGGAUCAAGGUGUUGGACACGACCGGAGACGAGAUCGGUGCGUAUCGGGAUCCUAGGGAAUUCAACCCACGGGAUCGCCAAAACCGGCGGUGUAGUAUCAUUCGCAAGACGGAGAUUUCCGUCACCACAGAACGCGAAUCUGCCACAGAAAACGCCGCCCGACUACGACAUAUGGCGGAGGUGCGAGAACGCCGCAAUGCGUCGGUGCGGCGGAGGAUAAACCAGCGAAUCAUCGCGGCGUGGGAACAGCGACAAGGCCACAACCUCCCGCCGGAGAUCGAGCAAUAUCUCAAAGAACAGCCGGAACAG